GUCACUACUCUGGGCAUUUGAAUAACGGUUAAUAAGGGAAAUGUUUAAAUUGUGGUUGAAACUUGAACUGUUCUUGGCAUUGAGCAGUGUUUUCGCCGAUCCCUGCACGAUUACCAUACCAAGCGACUUGCCUACCCCACAGCCGGUUAUUCUGAUACAAGAUGCACUCUUCCGCCCAACUAAUGUAGUGACCGAAGUGCAGGAGAAUGAGGAGAUUACGUUGCAUUGCGCCGGUAGUAAUAAUCUAGUGGUGGCAUUAAACCAGCAGACAGCCACGCUAAAAUGCCAAAAUGGUCAAUUCUAUAGCGAAGAGAAGGAUCAGGAAUACGCGCUUGCAGAUUUAAAAUGUACACAUGUACCCACAUCUGAGCUGUUGGUAACCGAAAAUGCUUGUGCCGAAGGCGCCGGUGUUUUCUACGAAGUCGGCUUUCAAGUGAACGAUGUUUUCCAAAGUGUCUUCACGAUCUGUUACGACAGCGAAAACGAACAUGCGCUAUAUUCACGCAGUCUCAUUAAUGGUGCCGCACAGAGUUUUAAAAUAAACGAUAGCACGCGUCGAGCCUUCCGUGCGGAUGGCAUGCGUUUCAGCACCUCUGCUACAAAUACUUUAUACACGAAUAAAAAUCAAAUUGCGCGUUUCAAAACACUUUUUGGUACUGGCCAAACUUUUAUAAACAGCACAAGCUUCUUGGCGCGUGGCCACCUGGCACCAGAUGCUGAUUUCGUCUUCAGUUACGAGCAGUUGGCCACUUACUAUUACGCGAAUUGCGCUCCGGAGUGGCAGGUUGUGAACGCCGGCAAUUGGGUACGUGUGGAGAAUGCGGUGCGCAAACUGGCCUCCUCAUACGGUUCCGAUUUAUUGACCUUUACCAGCACUUUGGAUGUGUUAGAGCUGGAAAAUCCGUCAAAUAAUCAAUUGAUUGACAUUUAUUUGGAUAAAACCGAAGUGAUCCCUGCUCCCAAGUGGUACUAUAAAGUGGUGAUGCAUCCUAAUUUGCCGAUUGACAUCGUCUUUGUCACUUGGAAUAAUCCGUUCGCAAAUGUUUUCAGCGAAGUGCAGUUUUGUACUAAUGUUUGCGAGAAAUAUGGUUUGAGCUCCAGCUACUAUGAGGAAGCCAGUCGUGGUUAUACUUUCUGUUGCGAGUUGAACGAUUUUUGGACAAACGUUAUGGGUGACAGCACACCAUAUUACGAUCUACCAGAUGGCUGGAGUUAUAAGAAUUAAUUUGAGGCAUAGAUAUUGCAUAUGUGUCUCAUUAAAAUACAAUAAAAAUAUAUUUGAACGAA